AUGGACCACCGAGAAGAGCCGGAGGUGGAAGCGCGCGAGGAGAUGCACACAGAAGCAAGCCAUCGUGACAACGUCAACAGCGAGGACCCAGGCGAAGACCUAGGCAUUGACAUCGCGCAUGACAUGGAGCUGGGCGAAAACGAGGAGCGGAUAGUAGACACUAUGAAGGAUGCCAUCGUGGAGGCCUUGGCCGAGUCUUAUCUGCGGAAAAAGGGCCUCGUAGGCGAAGACGAUAUGGAAGAAGAAGAGGAUGAUGCGGGUAUACCCGAGAGUGGCGAGGGUGCAAGGGACUGGCCGUGCCCGGUGUGCACCUUCAUCAAUCAGGCAGCGGACGACUCGUGCCUGAUGUGCGGGCACUCGAUCGAACGAGCGGCGGCGCGCGGCGUGAGUGAGGCUGACGUACCGCCGCACCGGAGCGAAACCGGAGGAGACGACGGAGGCAAGGGAAAGGAGAAGAUGGACGAGGAGGUGGAGUCAACCGGUGCUGUAGGCAGCGUAGCGGAAGCGGAGAAGAAGGUGGCACGAAGAUCAGAAGAAGAAGAGAAGGAAGAGGAAGAGCGAAGAAGGAAAGAGGAGGCCGAGAGAAAAGAAGAGGCCGAGCGACAGCGGAGGGAGAAGCUCGACAAGGAGGACGAGGCCAGGGAGGACAUGAGCCCGGGUUGGACCAUCCGCCAGGGGCUCGCCGCGGGAAUCGAGCGGCUCUAUGGCAACUCUCAGGGGCUGACGGUGCUGCCGCGCCAGGUGGGGCGCUUCCGCCGGCUCACGAUGCUCAACCUCGACCACAACCAGCUCGAGUGGCUGCCGGCCGAGAUCGGCAACCUGGCCGCGCUCCAGGGCCUCUUCGUCAAUCACAACCAGCUCAAGCGUCUCCCGCCCGAGCUCGGCAAGCUGACCAACCUGACGUGGCUCCGCGCUUCACACAACCAGCUCGACAGGCUGGCCGACGAGCUGGCUGGCCUCGUCGGUCUCCAGCACCUGGACCUGGCCCACAACCAGAUGACCCAGCUCUCGCCCUGGCUCAGCGCGCUGCCUCGCUUGGCGCUGCUCGACCUCAGCCACAACCAGGUGGCCCACAUCCCGCCGACGCUGUUCGUCGCCGAGGAGAGCCUUCCCGCCUUGAGCGUGCUCAACCUCGAUCACAACCCUCUGCGCUGCGUGCCCUACAGCCUGCACCAUCGGCGGCUCAUCUCUGUCAAGCUUUCCGGCUGCCAGUUUGACGAGCUCCACCGAAGCAUCAAGUGGACCGACAGCAACUACCACAUCCUUCGGUGCGAGGAGGGUCCGGCGGCGGUGGUGUCGCUCUUUGACCAGUGCCUCACGUAUCUCCAUCGAACGGAGAAGGAGAGCAUCGACGAGUGGGGACUGCCGGAGCAGAUCACGACCUAUCUAUGGCGCAACGUCGACCGCUGCAUCGGCUGCACCAGAACGGCGUGA